AAUUUGAACAAAUGCUUCCAUAUUCUCCUAACAAAUUUGGACAGCAUUUCAAAGGUUCAAUAUCGAAGAUUGGUUACAUGGAACAUUUAUUUAUUUAAACAUUCACAAAAAUGGAAAAACUUGCACUUGAUUACAGAAAACAAGUCGACAAAUUGUUCUAUCGUGAUCAGGACAAAGAAGGGCUAUAUGAACAUUUACGAUUAUAUAACGAUCGAAUAUCGCAUGUGGAGGAACUGGUGUCAAACAUGCGUUCAAUUAUAUCACAUCCUGAUCAACUUACGCUAUUUGAAGAUUCAAAAUGUCUCAUCAGACAAGAAGAUCAAACAACUUAUGGAAAUGUUAUACCGAAAUAUGCUCCUAAACGUACAAGGAACGUUCUACUUUCGGCGUCUCCAAAAGAAAGAAUUGGAUUUAGUGUGCGCGGAGGAGUGGAACAUAGAAUUGGGUUUUUCGUCGUCGGAGUCGAACCUGCGUCUGCAGCUGAAAGAUGCGGAGUACAGGUUGGAGACGAACUGUUGAGAGUGAACGGUUAUAGUUUAAUCUCUUGUACACAUCGAGAAGCUGUAUGUUUGAUUUCGAGACACAAAACUAUGCUGUCGUUGAAGAUUCGUCACAUAGCAAUGUAUCCCGUGCCUUCAGGAUUAGAUACUAAUCAGUGCGUGCAUCGAUGGGUGUUCACAGACAAGAAUAAUACGGGUGGUGAUGUAAGCCAAGAAGGGGGAAAGAAAGUCGGGCAAAAUGGAGUUCUGACAAGCCAGAACGAUGAUCCCGCCUCGUUAUACGCUGUAGUAAACAAGCAAGCGAAAGAAGAUCGAAGAACUGUUACUGUCGACUGGGAAGGGUAUUCUGCCAUUGGAUUCAAUAUCGUUGACAUGAAAGCAGGCGUAUUCGUUUCAUUUGUAAAACCAAACACACCCGCUGAAAUAGCCGGCGUAGAAGUUGGCGAUGAGAUUUUAGAAGUGAAUGGAGUCAACUUUCGACAAGCGGAAGCAUCUGAGGUUGCUCUUGCACUGAACGAUUCAAAGAAACUCAAAAUGCUUGUGAGAAAAGUAAAGGAACCGAGAAAUCGAACAGUUAGCAGCAUCAGCAUGAAUUUUUCAGAUCCAGAUAAUAAAGAGAAGCAAAAAGUAGGAAUUGACGAAAAAAUUGAACAACUUUUCGAAUCAAAUUUGGCUAAAACGGCUGAACUGAUAAAGAAACAGGGUCGGAGGGGGUCAAUACUAGACUUUGACGAAAAUUUACCUCCCCCACCACCUGAAAUGAUGGCAACCGAUACCGAAAUUAGCCCAGCAGCCCGUUUUGUACCGAUUAUUGAAUCAGAAAAACAAGACACACAAGAUGUUGGAACGACAAUUUACACAACAGCAGAAGUUCACGCGGAGGUCGAAAAUAGGCAAAAUGAAUAUUCACAACAAAGUAAUGACGACACUGAUGAAAGUUUAUCCGGAGUAACAUUCGCGUCAUCAAAUAACAUUUUGUUACAAGAUAUAAAAUUAAAUGGUCCAGAUAGCCCGAAAUCAAUUUCAACUUCUAGUUCCGAAGCUUCAUCAAAGAUUUCAAAUACACCGUUAUUGAUCAAAACUUCAAACGAAAAUCACUCUGGAGGUAGCACUAUUCAGCAAAAAAUAAACGAACGAGAAAAUCGACGACAUAAACUAGAAUCAGAACUUCGAGAACGACUGAAAUUGGAACGUCAGAAGCGAUUGGUUCAAGAAAAAUCUUUGCGAAUAAGUCGUCUCCGACAAGAAUUAAAGGAAACGGAGCGCGAAGAAGCAAGACUACAAAAAUGGCUUGCAGAUUCUGAGAAUGCAGAAGAACAACAUCAUCAUACUGUCGGAUUUUACACUUAUAAUCACCCUGACACCGUUCUAGAGGAAGUUCCCACUCAAGAGUUUGAUUUGACAACACCGUCUGAUAUGCGUCACCGAAAUUUCAGAAAAUAUUCGAUGGCGUCUGUAUCAGAAGAAAACAAAGGACUGCCUCCACCUCCACCCUUCAUUGAUUUUACAGAUCAGCAAAAUCGAGAAAAGGUUCGACUCGAAAGACAAAUCGACGGUAAGAAGAUAGUUAUUUCUGAGCUAAAAGAAAGAGUUAAGAAGCAAGGAAUUUCUGGCGUUUCUGAUCAGGCGAUUGCUAUGGACAACAAACAAACAAACGGCUUAUCCAACCAAACCAAAUAUUGGGUGAACAGGCAAAGUUUUGCAGCAAGUAAUCCUACCGGAAAAAAUACAUCAAAUGAAAUAACCUAUUUCUGAUUACUCACUUUAUUCUUGAUGAAGAUUUGGAUUCGGCAGACUCGAAGAGAGUAACUUUUGUAGCACUGAAAAACGAGAAUAUAGCCAACGCUGUCAGUCGUCGGAUAUUUAUAUAUAAGCAUUAAAGUGAACAUGUUUGCUCUCUUGUUAUUUUCUGGUAUAAAAUUCGUCCUGAUGGGGCCCGAUACUUCGCUCAACAUAAAAACUGGAUUUAUAUUUCAUGGGUGCACCUUUAUAUGAUAUGACAUUUGACACAGCUAAUCUCUGUCUUCGUUAAAAGAGCUAUUGAACAAGUUUCAGGUUUAUUUUCGGCUGUGGAUUAUCUUAUAUCAAACUAUUCAAGCAUUCUAUGAUCAGUAAUUGAACCCAAGAUACCGUUUAAACGAUUCUACUCUUUUUCAAAAAUCUAUUUGUUACAUCCUAUUUGUUUGAUGCAUUUAAGGUUUAUGUCCAUUUUUUUAUUAAACAAGUCUCCAUUUCAAUAUCAUUUCGGUUGAUUUUUUAAUUCUGUUAACGAGUGUUCCAGGUCAAUUGUUUUGUUCAUCAGAUUUAAUUUUGUUAAGCUGUUAUUGAAUUUAAAACUGAUCAAUCGUAGCGGAUGAAUAUAUUCAUCUCAUAACCCCGUGUGAAAUUUUUUAGGUACAACGAGCACACCUUGAUUACGAUGACUGCUAUUUUAAACAGCUAUCAUUUUCAGAGUUUAUCUAACAGAAUUAAAGGCCCCAUUAAUAAAUCAAAUCUAUGAAUAAACUUUAGAUCUUCGGAAUCCGAUUUUUUUUUUAUUCCUAUUUAAUAUUUCGUUUAUUAUUGCGGUUAAAAAACCUUAUUGAUUAGUUUGUUUGCACUACUUCCGUGAGGCGGCGGUUACCUAUUAUAUUAUUAUUGUAUUUUCCACCUAUUGAACGAAAAAUAUAUUAAAUAAAAUUGCUCCAGACUCCGGAGUAUGCUUUCGUUAUUAUUUAAUUGAGAAUUUAUUUCUCUGCGUAAAAUGUUUAUAUGUGUUUUGUUUUAUUUGUUAAUACAUGUUUUAUUCCUAUAAAGUUGUUCUGACACAUUUUGUAUUGCACUUAGUUUAUUUCUGACAAUAAAUAAUAUAACACGUCGA